AUGACCAAGAAAGCUGUACAGCUCCACUCCGUCACCGCUGCAACUUCAUCCAGCCUGGACGUGGCUUCGUUGUAUUUAGCAGUAUUUGGUAACUUGUAUCUAGGAGAAAUUAAGAGCUGGAUUUCAUUUCAGGAGCUGAACCUACUGACUCCUAAGCUAUUUGGACCAGUAAACCCCUUAGCAAAUCUAGAGGCAGCAAGAAGCAGGGUAAGUGAAUCUCCCUGUAAGGAUCCUUCACUGCUUCUUGCUGGGGAAAGCAGGGAUAUUCACCUUCCCUGUAAAGUUGUCAGGGGGUGGCUGUUGCUGCUGGCCCUGCUUUUGGGCGAGUCGGGGGCGCGGGCUUUAGUCUGCUUACCCUGCGACGAAUCUAAAUGCGAAGAACCCAAAAGCUGCCCCGGGAGCAUCGUGCUGGGGAUCUGCGGUUGCUGUUUCAUGUGCGCUCGGCAAAGGAACGAGAGCUGCGGGGGUGUCUACGGGCUGCACGGAGCUUGCGACCGGGGCUUGCGCUGGGUCACCCGACCGCCCCUCAACGGGGACUCCAUCACCGAGUACGAAGUGGGCGUUUGCGAAGAUGAAAACUGGGAUGAUGAUCAGCUUCUUGGAUUUGAACCGUGCAAUGAAAACCUUAUAACAGGUUGUAACAUAAUCAACGGGAAAUGCGAAUGUGACACCAUUCGGACCUGUAAUAAUCCAUUCGAAUUUCCAAGCCGGGAUACUUGCCUGUCGGCCUUAAAAAGGAUUGAAGAAGAGAAACCCGAUUGCUCCAAGGCCCGCUGUGAAGUCCAGUUUUCUCCUCGCUGCCCAGAAGAUUCCAUCCUGAUUGAAGGUUAUGCUCCUCCUGGCGAAUGCUGUCCGCUCCCGAGCCGUUGCGUGUGUAAUCCUGCAGGCUGCUUGAGGAAGGUUUGCCAACCUGGCUAUUUGAAUAUAUUGGUUUCUAAGGCGUCAGGAAAGCCAGGGGAAUGCUGUGAUCUCUAUGAAUGUAAACCAGUGUUCAGUGUGGAUUGCAGCACAGUCGAAUGUCCUCCUGUUCAACAAGUUGUUUGCCCACUGGAUAGCUACGAAACCCAAGUCAGGCUGACGGCUGAUGGCUGCUGUACCCUGCCCACAAGAUGCGAGUGUCUCUCUGGUUUAUGUGGUUUCCCCAUGUGCGAGGCAGGCUCCAUUCCCCAGAUAGUCUCACGUGGAGAUGGAACACCUGGCAAGUGCUGUGAUGUCUUUGAAUGUGUCAAUGAGAAGCCAACUUGCAUAUUUAACAGCAUGGAAUAUUAUGAUGGAGACAUGUUUCGAAUGGAUGCUUGUCGUUUCUGCCGAUGCCAGGGUGGAGUCUCCAUUUGUUUCUCUGCCCAGUGUGGUGAGCUGCACUGCGACAGGUACUACGUGCCCGAGGGAGAGUGCUGCCCGGUGUGUGAAGACCCGGUUUAUCCAGUAAAUAACCCUGCCGGCUGCUAUGCCAACGGUCAGAUCCAAGCUCAUGGGGACCGCUGGCGAGAGGACGACUGUACUUUCUGCCAGUGCAUCAAUGGAGAUCCGCACUGCGUCGCAACGGCCUGCGGGCAGAGCUGCCUAAAUCCUGUUAAAGUCCCUGGGGAGUGCUGCCCAGUUUGUGAAGAACCAACAUACAUCACAAUAGGUCCACCCACCUGUGAGAUUUUGGUGAACUGCACUUUGACUGAAAAAGACUGUAUCUAUAGUUUCAAACUGGACCAAAACGGUUGCCGCAUUUGUCAGUGCAAAACUAGGGAGGAGCUGUGCACUGGCCUCAUUUCGGGUUGUUCCUUGGACUGUUCCUUCGGCUUCCAGACGGAUGUCCACAACUGUGAGAUCUGUCAGUGCCGACCACGGCCUAAGAAGUGCAAACCCAUUGAAUGUGACAAGUACUGUCCCUUUGGAUACUUGAAGAACAAGCAUGGCUGUGAAAUCUGUCGGUGUAAGAAAUGCCCGGACCUGCCUUGUGGUAAAAUCUGCCCGAUGGGCUUCCAGCAGAACAAUCACGGCUGUGUUAUCUGCAAGUGCAGAGAGGCAACGGCUUCUCUUAUGCCUCCCGUUAAAACGGGCUCUUGCCUGUCAAUGGAUGGGCGCCGACAUGAGAACGAGGAGAGCUGGCAUGAUGGCUGCAGGGAGUGCUACUGUCACAACGGGCGGGAAAUGUGUGCCUUGAUCACCUGCCCCGUUCCUAAUUGCGGCAACCCCACCAUACACCCAGGGCAGUGUUGCCCAUCAUGUCCAGAUGAAAUAAUUGUGCAGAAGCCAGAGCUCACCAGCCCGUCGAUCUGUCAUGCUCCUGGCGGGGAAUACUUUGUGGAAGGAGAGACGUGGAAUAUUGAUUCUUGCACACAAUGUACAUGCCACAGCGGACGUGUCCUGUGUGAGACUGAAGUCUGUCCCCCUCUUCUUUGCCAAAACCCCACCCGCACACAGGACUCCUGCUGUCCACAGUGCCCAGAUGAGCCUCUUCAGCCCUCUUCGUCAAGCAAUGAGAGCAUGCCCAGUUAUUGCAAAAACGAUGAAGGAGAUAUUUUUCUGACAGCUGAGUCCUGGAAGCCCAAUGUCUGCACUAGCUGCAUCUGCAUGGAUGGUGUGAUUAGAUGCUACUCUGAGUCUUGCCCACCGGUAUCCUGUGAGAGACCUGUUUUGAGAAAGGGACAAUGUUGUCCUUACUGUAUUGAAGAUACAGUUCCAAAGAAAGUGGUCUGCCACUUCAAUGGGAAGACAUACGCGGACGAGGAGCGCUGGGACAUCGACAGCUGCACCCACUGCUACUGCCUGCAGGGCCAGACGCUCUGCUCCACCGUCAGCUGCCCACCCCUCCCCUGCGCCGAGCCCAUCAACGUGGAGGGGAGCUGCUGCCCCAUGUGCCCAGAGAUGUAUGUACCUGAACCUACUAACAUCCCCAUUGAGAAGACAAAUCAUCGAGAGGGCAUUGAACUAGAAGUACCAAACUGGCCAACACCGAGUGAAAAUGACAUCAUCCACAUUCACAGAGACAUGAGCCACCUCCAGGGAGAGUACAGAAGUGGCGGUGGACCGCACCCGAGCGAAGAUGCGUCGGUUAGCUCCGUUGCCUUGGUGACGAUUCCGAUCACGAUAGCGCUGUUGCUGAUCGUCGUCCUUCUGCUCGUCAAUCAGAAAAAGCAGUGGAUUCCAGUGUCCUGCUACAAAGCUCCAACAAAGCCUUCUUGCCUAAACAAUCAACUGGUAUAUGUGGACUGCAAGAAAGGUACCAUGGUCCAGGUGGACAGUUCUCAGAGGAUGCUAAGAAUUGCAGACCCAGAUUCAAGAUACAGUGGAUUUUACAGCAUGCAGAAACAGAACAACCUACAGGCAGAUAAUUUCUAUCAAACAGUUUGA